AGUGAAUAAAAUGUACAGUCGAGAAUUCGAACAGCACUGUAAAGUGGCUGAUUCGCUUGGGUAAGUGGACGUUCCGAAUAUAGCUCCAGGCAAUUUACGGAGCCUAUGCACAAAGACUGUCUUUUCCUAGUGCUUUGGUUUGCCCUUCGUGAUUAUUCUCAGUUAAGCUAAGUUACAGCUCCGAUUGGCCAACUGCGGAGUGCCACUAGGCGCUGAAGGUUCUUUGUUCAAACGCAACCACCAGUUACUCCAGCGCUGGAUGCUGCCUGUCAUUGCAAGCAGGACAUGGAAGUGGGUGCGUCUCGCUCUCCUCUUUUCUCGGUGCAUUGGCUGUAGUUGGCCGCUCUCAUGCUGCCCCAAUGAACCCUCAACCCCACGGCUCGUCUAACAUACAAUGGAUUAAAAGGAAAGACAUGAGUAUCCGUACUGAGGACAGCAUAAGCCUGUGCCAGAGGGCUCUGCAGAUAGUGACAGAGCUCUGUCUCGCUGGUCAUGUUGACCGCGAGAAAUGCUCGGACAUAUUCCCGUUGGAGAGCACCAUACCAGGUAAAGGAAGUGCAGACAUCUCUGUCAGUCUCCUUGCUGUUGUCGUGGGUUUCUGUGGUCUCGCCCUGUUGGUAGUUUCUCUCUUUGUCUUUUGGAAGCUGUGCUGGCCCAUCUGGAGGAGCAAGGCUCUGUCAUCCCAUGUGGAUAACUGCGCCCUGGGUGCACUCCCUGAAGCACCCAUGCCAUCCUUGCGUCAGCCUCCUGCCUCGGAGACGAAGGUGAUGCUGGCAGGCAGGCAGCCGUCGCCACAGAAACAGUAUGAGGAGGAGGAGCAACGGAAACGGAAAGUUCCGGAGGUGAAGGUCAACGGCCGCAGCUCAGUGAAACUGCUGGAGGCGGCCAUGAAGAUCAGCCAGACCUCGCCGGACAUCCCGGCAGAGGUGCAGCAGGCCCUGCACGAGCACCUGACCAAGCAGGCCAAGAUCCAGAGGCAGACCACAGAGCCCACCUCCUCCUCCAGGCACAAUUCCUUCCGCCGUCAUCUCCCACGGCAAAUGCAUGUGACAAGCGUUGACUUUAGUAUGGACACUAUGCCCAUGCGUCAGUCUUCGACCACAAGCAUUGGUCGAAUCAAGCCAGAGCUUUACAAGCAGAAGUCUGUGGACUCGGAAGAAGGCACCAAGGUGCCCGUGGAGACCUGUGGCAAGCUGAGCUUUGGCCUACGCUACGACCACGAAGAGCAGGCCUUGGAGGUGGGCAUCCUCAAGGCCCUGGAGUUACCAGCAAAGGACUUCACAGGAACCUCAGACCCAUACGUGAAGAUCUACCUGUUGCCUGAGCGCAAAAAGAAGUUCCAGACCCGUGUCCACCGCAAGACCCUGAACCCCGUGUUCGACGAGACCUUUCGCUUCCCAGUCGAGUACGACCAGCUGAGCAACCGGAAGCUCCACUUCAGUGUGUAUGACUUUGACCGGUUCACCAGUCACGACAUGAUCGGCGAGGUUGUGGUCGACAACCUCUUUGAGCUGUCAGACCUCUCUAGGGAGGCAGUGGUCUGGAAGGACAUUCUUGCAGCCACUACGGAGAGUGUUGAUUUGGGAGAGAUUAUGUUCUCUCUCUGCUACCUACCCACGGCUGGCAGAAUGACCCUCACCGUCAUCAAGUGCCGAAACCUAAAAGCCAUGGACAUUACUGGCUCCUCGGACCCUUAUGUGAAAGUGUCCCUCUUGUGUGACGGCCGAAGGCUGAAGAAGAGGAAGACCACGACCAAGAAGAGCACCCUCAAUCCAGUGUACAACGAAGCCAUCAUCUUUGACAUCCCCCCAGAAAAUGUGGAGCAAGUCAGCUUGUCCAUCAUGGUGAUGGAUUACGACCGGGUGGGCCACAACGAAGUGAUUGGUGUCUGCCGGACCGGGCCUGAAGCAGAAGGUCUGGGCCGUGACCACUGGAAUGAAAUGCUUGCUUACCCCCGCAAGCCCAUCACACACUGGCAUGCCCUGGGAGAGGUACCGGAGACUUCCUUUUUCCUCAAAUGGCCAGGAAGAGCUACAAGCUUUGAAAGUCAGGGCUCAUGCCCUUCUCCUAAGCCUCCUCCAACUCCAUAGUCUGUCAGACAUAAUCACUGAGCUCCCUCAACUUUGGUUUGUAUUCAGCACUUAGAUCUUACGUCCAUCUAGUUUGUGACUCACCGUAGACGGAGAGCUAUUCAGUCUUAACAUCCAUGUUCAAGAAGCAGCUUGCUAUCGCCUUUCUCAGAAAUCACGCUUUCAUUUAUCCUGAUGAGUCAUGACAUGGAAGGUAUUAUUCGCCUUAAUCGGUCCUGCUAACUCAGAGGUUCAUCGCUCUUGUUUUUGUCUUCUGACUUUCCCUUGACGCAUUUAUUUAUUUACACUGCAUGAGUCAGUGGUGAGUCAUGAGAGGGGUGGGCUACUGGCUAAUGAGAACAAAGUGCCGUCUAAAGGAAAAUAGACACACAUUAGCUAAUAGUAAGCUAUGUUAGCUAACUAGCUCACAAGCAGAGCAAACCUACAGAACAUUGAGGCCCAAUGGCAAACUGAUAUGCUUUGUUAUUAACAUGUGCUUGAAGAAAUGCUUAUCUUCUAGCAAACUAUCCACCAUAAGUAAUUAGUGUUUUAUAGAAGAGUUCAUGUGAAGGUGAUGUGGUUGUCAGAGCAAGAGAUGCUGGAGAAUUGACUGAAGGUUGUCAGUAAACAAACAUAGCUAACGGAUGUAACUACCAACUAAUACUUUGUAACCAGUGGGGUAUGUUGAGGUCACGUAUUUGUAGGCUGCAGAAUAACUACAGAAUGUCAUUACCGAAACUAAGCCAUCACUUUUCAAUACACACUCAUUGUGUUAUGGCUUAACUCAAUGUUCCAAGACAAUUACCAAUGAUGCCAAUUUUCUUGUCACUAACAAUAAGGUGAACAGAAUUCUAAUAGAUUGAACGUUAACAAUGAAGUCCUCAUUUCUUGACAAUAGUAAUACUUCAAGGCUUUGCAAAAAUGCUCAUCGCCAGUCUCAGUAAUUGUUAUGCUACAAAGUGAUCUAAGUAGUCCAUUGUAGAUAUGAAUCAGUGUGCUUUUAAAAGCAUAUAUCUUGUCCACUCUGUGGGAUGAAUAAGUUUAGCAUCACCAGCCAAAAUAUCACUUAUAAGCACUGAUUUCUACAGAUCGGUGCCUUUUGGCACUGAUGUUUUUAAGCAGAAUGACAAAAGAUUUGACACCGUCUGAGCAUUUCAGCGAUGAAAGCGUUCCACUGACAUUAUGCAGCUGAAGGCUUAAAAUGAAUGUUACCAUGCACUGCUAGAGGAAGCAGGAGGCCAUUUGCAGACGAAUCCAUGGGAUCCAGAUUUUUCCCUCCAAAGAGGUCCUGGCAAAGCCUCAAGCUCGGAAGCACACAGCACUUUGGCAAUUACUCUUGGCACACAUCUCAUAGAGACAUCACUAAUGAGACACAUUAGAAAAUACAAGAGAUGACCUUUACCUUUUAGAUAGAAAAUGCCCAGGCUAGUAGCCGUAUAGAACAUAUAUCGACAUAUGUAGUAGCUUGUGAUCCAUCAGCCCUUACACAGAUAAAGAAUUGCUUCCAGGUCUUCGUGUCCAAGUUGGACACAUUCAUGUGGACUCCUAGAGGCAACACUCCAGCCUUUAACACUUAGAUACUGCUAAAAGAUAAUGUGCCUCCUGGCUCUUGUGCAGUUUUGUUGUUCGAUGAUGUUUCCAUGAGAAAAUUCCCAUUCAUGCUUUGAUGGUGGUGUUUAGUAGAGAAAAUACAAAUUUUGGGAUUAGUAAAGUUUUCUUUCGUUCUAAUAAUUAUUAUUUUGGACUGUUGUUAUCUGUUAAAAACAAAUAAGACAAAACCUCUUUCUACACUCUAUAUUUUUCAGUAACUUUCAAACAUUGCACCCAGAGUAAUUUAAUACAAAAAAUUGGCAGACAAAAUCAAUUGUUCAAGUGUUCAAGUUUAACUGUCAGGAAAGCAAUGCAACUUCAACACAUUCCUCCUAAGAUUUGUUCUAAUUAAGGAUGGAAACAGCUAAGAACGACAUCUCCACACUUAACCAUAUGCAUAAGCACCAAGUUUCUUGUUGGAUAAUGUAAUAUGCACCAUCAAACAACAGACCAGGAGCACAAUUGUAAAGUAUUUUGCAUAGAUGGGUAUUUUGGCAGUAUUUAAGUAUUUCAGGAUGGAGUUUGCUUCUGAUGAUACCUUGUUUAAGUUUCUUCAGAAACAUUUCACUGGAUAACAAUGUACUCAGUGCAUACGUGUGUGCUUUCCUGUAGCAAUUGGACAGGACUGAACUGGUAAGUGCAGAAUAAAUUACAACAUGAUUCAGUGCUAUUACCUCAAGAUGAAAUACUACAAAAUGUCCUUUUUAAAAUGUUGAGUAGAACCUUAAUGGCAACGAGAGCAAAUGUAGCCAGAAGAUGUAGCAAGGCAUUUUCUCACAACAGCCAAACCAUCUCUUUCACCCCUGACAACAUAUUUCAGACAUACGGCAAAAAAAAGGGUAAAAGGGUUCCCUAAUGCCCCUUGAAAGUGCUGAGUAUGUGCCAGGAAAUGUGCGCCAUUUUACAAUGUAGCUUUGUGUAUCCUGCUAUUCAGUUUUAGUCAAUCGAUGAGGACAGCCUGGAAGCACCAGUACAUUUGGUAUAAUUACAAUAAGGAAUGAGCCGUUACACAGAGACAUUUGGCCAAGAAGUACAAUAAAGAGACUCCAAUUCCCACCCAAACAUAGAUCUUUUGAGGGACCCUGUAGAAUCCUGCAGCCUUCGAAGGGAUAUCUUAUCGCCCAUAAAAAUCAAAUGGCUAUGUUAUAAACCACACGUUUACUCAUAAGGAGUACCUCAAAAUUUAAUAUCCAUUUUAUCCAAUAUGUUAUUUAUCGUUAUUCUGGCCUUGAUGACUGCAUUUUUCCACACAUAAAAGAUUCAGUUUUAAGUCAUAAUCAACACACACAAUCUUUCCAGUCUCCAGGUUAAACCAAUAAACCAAAACAUCACAUCUUUCAAUAUUGCAGUAGUGCUUAAACAAUACAACAGUAUGGUGGCUUGCAAAAGUAUCCAACCCCCCUGAAAGUCUUUACCAUUUUCUGACUUACAAAAGAUACUUACACAUAUUUUCCCAAUCAAUAUUUUCAUUGUGAACACUUAUGCUAUAGUAUAUUUUUAAAGGGUAAAUAAGUAUUUUCUCUACUAGAAUUAAAAAUAAAUAAAUUAAAAACUAAAAUAUUCUGCUUGUAUAAGUAUUCAUCCACUGUACAGUAAUACUUGGUAGAGAAUCCUUUUGCUGCAAUAACAGCCUUAAGUCUUCUGAAGUGAGACAGUACCAGCUUUGCACACCAUUCUGCAGUGUUUUUUCCUCAUUCUUCUUGGUAGCAUGUACAUAACUCAUCUAGGUUGAUAGAAUGGUGGUCCUGGACUGUAGUGCCACAGAUUUUCAGUAGGAUUUCGAUCAGGUCUUGGAGAUAUUCUAGAAUGUUCACUUUAUUGUUUUUGAGACACUCCAGUGUUGCUUCAGCCUUGUUCCAUGGGCAUCCUACUGACAGGCAAUCUCUCUCCAGAGCCUUAGUUUUACAACAGACUGCAACAGUUUUUUUUGUGAUAUUGUGUAUAAUUUAUUUCCAUUAAUUCUCCCUUCGAUUCUAAAAGGCUUGCCUGUUCCUGCAGAUGCCCACAGCAUGAUGUUAGCACUGCCAUAUGCCAUGAUUGGGAUGGUGUUUCUUGAGGCAUUGGCAAUGUUAGAUUUACGCAGCAUGGAGCAUUUUGAGGAUUGGCCAAAAAGUUAUAUUUUGAUCUCAUAUGACCAUAAAAACCUUCUCCCAUAUCUUAAGUAAUAUCCAUACAUGCUUUACAUGUGGAUCUUCUACAAAAUUGGCUUCUUUUGACACCCUCCAAUAGAGUCCCGUUUCAUGGACAGCUCCUAAUAUUGUGUACUUCUCAAAUCCAGCCACUAAAUUUAGAUUUUUCAGGGUGAUGGCUGGACUGUGGUGACCUCCCUCCCCAGUUAAUAUCUUCUUUGGAGGCUUGGUUUGGGGGACAGCCUUUUCUACAAAGCAUCUGAGUGGUCUAAUUUCUACUUUCUUCUACAUCAUAACACUUGGAGCCUUUUCCCCACUUAAGUGUUUGAAUCACCUUGUUUCUUUAGUCUUAUUUUACAACCUGAUUGAUGACCCUUAGACGAUUUGUAUAUCCAGAGGGGGAUCUUUACUUUAAUCACUCAUAGGUAGUACCUACUUAUGAUCAGUUGUGGUCAAAUAAGACAAGCCUUCUGCCAUCAUGCCAUCUGCCUUAAUCUGGAGUACACAGUGGUCUGAAUACUUAUGCAAGUACUAUAUUUCCGUUUUGAAUUUAUUUAUUUUUACUGUGAGCAGACAAAUAACUAACAUUGCCUUUGGAAAUAUACUACAGCAUAAAUGUCUGCAAUAAUAACACUGAUUGGGAAAAUAUGUGUUAGUAUCUUUUGGAAUUGUGAAAAUGGUGAUGACUUUCAAGGGGGUUGAAGACAUUUGCGAUCCACUGUGUAUUUUAGAUAUUGAAAUAGCACCAGAGCAGGAAAACCUGUUGCCAUUUUUUUGUUUAAAAUAAGGUAUAUGAGAAUGAUAUAUCAAAAAUAUGUGCCAAUCCUCGCAGUUGAUCUUAAUAUUCGCUCAUUCAGAACUCUCCUUUUCAUUUGUGAAGCCAUAUGAUCUACCACUGAGUUUGCGGAAUACAUUUCAGUUGCAAAUGAGUGUGAUGAGUGAGUAAUAAUGAAAACUCGAACUGGUGCAAUUACGCAAAGGCUGUGUACUGUUACCUUUUAUUUGCACACUGAAAAAAAUGCUUCGAUUCUUGUUCUGAGCCCAUCACUAGAGCAAAAUUAACUAUUUAUUCUUGUAGCAUGCACAUUGUAGAAUAAGUCAGUAUUCUAAACCUGAAAAAAGAUCAGUGUCCUAAAUGAUAUAUACUAUUUUGUAUAGUAAACCAUUGUGUUUGUAUAAUAUACUCUAUUUAUGCCAAUGUGUGUAAAUAUUUGAAAAUGAAACAUCUGAAGAUAAUGAUAUACAAGUUUAUGUGUCUUUCUAUGAAUCAUGUGGUGGACGUGUGUUGCAAGCCUUGUGAUCUUUGGGUAAAUGUAUAUGCAAUUUGCAUCUACAGUAUGGUGAAACAUCUGUUGUCAGACUGUAAGCGCAUAUACAGUAGUAUCAUUCCUAGAAGCAGUCGGGGCUCUAAAUUUGUUCCAGUACUUUCAUGAGUGUAGAGUCCAGUAUUAAUUAAAUUGCAUUCUGAAAUAACAAAUUGUCCCCAAGUAAGUGAUUAAAUAUUAAUUACCCACUACAUACAAGAAAGCUUAUUUCCUUUUGCACUUCAGCGAUUGUACCUGGUUCCUUGUAAAACUGGUUCAAAUUCAAAGCCCUCCGUGUUGUUGCUUGAACAUGCUUUUAAGUGACAAACUGUGUGACCUUGCUGCAUAUUGGGGAACAAGAGAAAUCGCAAAUAUUUGUCAUGAAGUGUACAGUUUGUGAUAAUUUUUGUAACAAUUUGCAGUAAAAAAAAAAAGAGAGAAAUGAAUAAUUUUACGGUCGUGUUUCCUAUGUAUUUUAAUUAAAUAAACUUGUUUUAUUGAAUUUCAAAA